AACAACAUUGCUUCAAACAGCUACUUAAGAAUAUUUUCGCUCGGAGCGAAGAGUUUCGUUUUCGAGUCCGGCUCGUUUGAUUGGAUGAAGGAGAGGAGGCUCUGGAUGUAAAGCAUUUCGUUAUUUCUUCAGAGACGAGGGAAAUGCGAAAGACAAAGAUGUAUUCAUCUUUCGGGGCACCCAUCACUCCACUCGCUUCUAAAUUAACAGAAAAGCAAAGAGAAGUGCUCCGUGACCUGCUGGGCAACCUGGAUCUGACCCUUCUCUACAAAGCUUCAGUUCACGGAUAUCAAGCUUCUGCCUUCCACGAGCAAUGCGACAAUCAGGGUCCCACUUUACUUGUAGCUUACAACCGAUCAGGCUACGUCUUUGGUGGAUACACUAGUGUGGAUUAUUCUCAGAGUGGGCAGUAUAUUAUAGAUGAUCAGGCUUUCCUGUUCAGUUUUAAAGAUGGAGCCCCUCUCUGCAUCAGAGCUAAAAGCGGACACUAUGCACGCUGUGAUGACACUGGAGGGCCCAACUUUGGCCGACAGUUGUACUUUUGCUACAACAAUCAUCCACUUGUAAAAAAGGUAUAUCUUUAUGAUAAAGAGGAAGCAUUCAGUUUUAGUCCUUCCACGCUAUAUAAGGAUGACACUUGGCUGACUGAGUGUGAAGUGUACAAAGUGGAACAGAGAAGCACUCUGUCAGAGCCUCUGGUCAUUGCAGAGAAGCCGUGGAGGAAUGUUGUGUGGACAGCUAAACGAAGAGAAGAGCUCAUGGAGAUGAUCAGGGAUUAUAAACCCCUGAUAAAGUCUGUGAGUAAGGUUAGAAUCUUAAUGAUCGGUCCUGUAGGAGCUGGAAAAUCCAGUUUCUUCAACUCCAUCAACUCCAUCUUCACGGGUCACGUGACCAACAAAGCCAUGUCAGGAUCUGCAGGAACUAGUGUCACCACGCAGUUUCGCACAUAUCCAGUAAAAGACGGUCGUGGAGGAAAGCCGUUGCCAUUUGUGUUGUGUGACACCAUGGGACUCGAGGAGCAAUCAGGUGCAGGACUGGAUAUUGAGGACAUCAGCAGCAUUCUUCAAGGUCACGUACCAGACCGCUAUAAAUUCAACCCCACGGCACCAUUACCUGUUGAGGAAAAUGCACUCACACCUGUAUCUGGGUGUAUCCACUCUGUGGUCUACGUGAUCGACGCCACCAAAAUCUCCAUCAUAUCUGACAAACUAGAGAAGAAACUUCUUUCCAUACGCAAAAAUGUGAACUCACUGGACAUUCCCCAGAUCGUCCUGAUGACCAAAGUAGAUGAAGCCUGUCCUCUAGUGGAGAAGGACCUUCAAAGCCUCUACGUCAGCUCCUACAUCAAGUCAAAGGUUCAGGAGGUGAGCUCUCGGUUGGGUGUGCCGGUGUCUUGUGUGUUACCGGUGAAGAACUACAGUCAGGAGCUGGAGCUGGAGCUCAACUGUGACGUCCUGCUGCUCUCCGCUCUACAGCAGAUGCUCAACUUUGCAAACGACUAUCUGGAUGAAGUUGGUUCCAUGUAGGACAAUUUAUUAAAGUGCUACUAGCACAGCUUUAUCUCACCUUUGUAGCUGAUUUAACAUGAUAUCUUUGCGAGAAAUGUACUAUUAAAAAAAAUAUUUACUAUUUAAUUUAGACACUCUUAUUCUUAUUCUCUUAUUCUUAAUCUUAUUCUUACAGCGCUACUCUGUGCUGUUUGUCCACUUCUUUCAAAAUCAUACCCAUUCAAUAAAAGACAAU